UUUGACGAAGUUUAGGUUGAGUUGUGAAUUAUGUUAAAAUCUAAAGCAAAAUCAGGUAAUCCUACCGAAGGUGAAACUCUAAAAGAUGAAUAUUCUGACGUUAAAAACGAGAAGAAACCUUCGCAUUUAUAUUAUCAAGAUAAGAAGAAGUUACGUAUAAAUGAAGAAUUGUCUUAUAAGCAAUUAACACAUUUGUAUCUCCACAAUAAUCAAAUCGAAAAGAUAGAAAAUCUUGAUGGCGCUAUACACUUGAAAGAACUCUAUCUGCACAAUAACAAAAUAAAGAAAAUCUGCAAUUUGGAAUGCCUUGUAUACCUGAGAAGAUUGCAUUUGGGUCAUAACGAAAUUUGUGUGGUGGAAGGUUUGGGCAACUUAAGAAACUUAGAAGAACUGUACAUCGAAAAGCAGAGACUGAGAGAGAGCGAUUCUAUGUGUUUUGAUCCUCGAUCUAUUUUUGGUAUAAGACAAUCGCUAAGAGUAUUAAAUUGCUGUAGAAACAAUAUUAUGGACAUAUCCAAUUUGGCUCCACUCACUGGGCUACGAUUUUUGGAUGUUUCUCAAAAUGAUCUUUCUAAUAUUCAAGAAGUUUGUGAUGUACUGCGGAACUUUUUCCUUUUAGAAAAUUUGAACGUGAGUAAAAAUCCGAUAUCAAAGUUGCACAAGUAUAGAGAAUCUUUGAUUGGAUGUACAACCAAUGUGAAACUGUUGGAUAAUAAACUGGUGAACGAUUUAACAAGAGUGUUUAUAAAACGAAUGGAACAUGAAACUUCCAAAAAAAGAAGUGAACCUACCAUUAAUCUACCCAAAGCGCUUGAGGAUGUUUCUAAGAACUAUCCGGAAGGUCUUCAAAAAUCGAUUACUCGUUCCAUUUUAGAAAAAGGAAGAAAGAACUUGUCCGACAGUGUGAAAGACGCAGUUGUAGGUUGUGGCGAUGCUACUGGUGAUGUCUUUUUACCAAUGAAAAAAUUUCCUAAACCUAAAGGUUCACUUGUGAAGAAACGGAUGAAAUUCUUUAAAUUCAAUACCCGCAAAAUGGGACCAAUUGUUGAAGAAAAAUCCCAAAGUCAUAUCCAAAAUGUGGUGUUUGUAAGAAAAGUUAAAACAACAAGUUCAUUGCAGUAAUAAAAAUAAACAUGUCUAACAAAUCUAUAAUAUGUAG